AUGAAAUUUUCCACCAUUGUACUCUCCUCCAUUGCUUCCAUUGCUUCUGUCAAUGCUGCUAGCGUCCCAGCUGUUUCCGCUGCUACUUGCCAAUUAUCUUCUCAAAACUUUGUAGAAGAUUUCGCAGGUGGAUUUCAAAUGAUUGGCGACGAAUAUCUCCUUUACCUUUACACUGAGCUCAACUCUGAAGUUGACGUAACCUUGACUGGUGGUGUUGGCGGAACUGAUUUCUUUGUCGGUAACAACGCUCUUAGUGACUGCUCUUGUAUUCCAGAUGUCAAGCCAGACUACCAUGUUGCUGAAGGUGCCACUACCCAAGUCAAGAUUGAUGUCAACAUGAACGAACUUCUUGGAUUCAGAAUUAAGAGUUCUGACAGUGACUUCGACGUCCAAUUCAAGCAAUUGACAAGCCGUUGGGGUACAUUGUUCCCAGUUACCCAAUGCGCAAAGAAGUAA